AUGUCUCUUUCUAACAUUCAAAACUUCACUUACAACAUAUUUAAAAAGCUAGGGGACGACAUCGUCAAGAAUAAAGAAUUUACGGAACUUGCAAAAUGUCCGGAAUGUGAUAAGAAUGUACUUUCGCCAGACUUUGAAGCAUUUACUGUGUUGUCCUGUAGGCAUAUUUUUCAUAAAGAUUCUCUAUCGAUUGCUAGUAGGAUGAACUCUCAACUUCAAUUAAAUUCUCCUAUAAUUCAAGAAGAGGAGCAGGGAUUGGGUGUGAAUGAGAAGGAAAAAUCCAAGAAAUAUAUAGCAGAGUGUCGCCCAAAAGAUUCUAACAUCUUGAAAAAGCUUAUCCGUGAAUUAUCUUCUAACACUACUCGAAUUUCUGAUAUUAAGAAAAGGGAAGAGCUUUAUAGAGAAUCUGCAUAUGAGAACGAGGAAAAAUGCCUCGCUCACUUUAGACAAACUAACAAAGAAUAUGAAGCCUUAAAGAAGCUUUACGAUGAGGUCAAAGAUCAACUUCUAAAAGAGGUCACCAGGUAUACUCUUCAGAAAAAAGCAGACAGGGCUAGAAAGGUUUAUGACCUAUUCUUCCGUAUCAGUGAUGAUAAAAGUCAACGGGCAUUGUACAUCCAUCAAAUUAAAACAAUCACAGCAACAUCUAUUGCAAAAUUAAGUAAGGAUGAAGUAAAAUAUAUAGCGACCAAAGUUAUGGAGGCAUACCAGGCUCCAUAGUAUAUUACGUGAAAGCAAAACCCAUAUAAUUUAAGUAGAACUUGGGCUUCUGAGCGAGGGUAGAGUCUUUUGAAGCAUACACAGACGUUGUUUGGCACACAUCCAGGUAAUUUGAGAAAGAAGGACAUAAAUACGUUCUCUGGGAAAAUUUUGAUACAAAUGGUAUCACGCUUGAGCAGGAUUUUUUUAUUUUUUUAUGUAAGAAUGUUUAUUAACGUU